CACUGCAGGGAAUGAAACGGUUAAAUGAAUUUUUAUUUUGAUUACUUCACCACAGUUUGACCGAGAAGGUCAAGCCGAGAUGAACAGCUUGAAUUUUAUGGGUUUUCCGUUCAUGCUGAAUUCAUUUCGUCUGUAUGGCUUACUCUUGCAGCUGAAUGCACAUUUGAGAAUUUCUUGAGUUCCUCGUCAGCCUUGUGUGGUUGGACACAAGAUACCAAUGAUGAUUUUAACUGGAGUCGUGCGUCUGGUAGCACCACUAGCUAUAGAACAGGACCUUCCUUUGACCACACCUACGGAACUAAUAAAGGUAGGUAUGCAGGUCUGCCAUAUAAGUACACAAAGCUAUAAUUCAGUAAUAAUAAUUAAUGGAAAUUACAUGUUCAGUGGUAGUAUAGACAGUGCCUUGAACCGUAGAAGUUAGCUGGUCAUUAUUGUGGUAGUGAAGCACAACAUCCUUGAAUUACUUUAGCUAAUGCUUUAUAUUUCUUCUUUUAGGCUACUAUAUGUAUAUUGAAACAUCAUAUCCACGAAGAAGAGGCGACAAAGCGAGACUUACCAGUCAAAGCUACACCGCUGUUAAAGGUGGCCAAUGCUUUCGGUUCUGGUACCAUAUGUAUGGCAAUGACAUUGGCACAUUGAAUGUCUACGUCAAAGUUGGAAACAAUCUUGGUAUCCCUGUGUGGGUGAGGUCUGGUAAUCGUGGAAAUGUUUGGAAGGUUUCCCAGAUAACCAUUACAGCUACGUCCAAUUUCAGAGUACGUGCUUGUCAUUGCUUCUUUCUGUAGCCGUGCUUUGAACUUGUAAUUCCAGUCGAACCUCCGCGAACGGCCGCUUCUCCACAGUGGCCACUUUUUUGGCGAUUCUUCUGUCCCUAAGGUUGCCGUUGAGGACAGGUUCAACUGUAUGCAGAUAGAUACAGUUCAGGUUAAAGCGUUGAAAGCGUUGUUUUCAUAACUGAAAUGUUCUUCUUUUAGAAAAAAGUCGAUGGUCAGUGAUGGAAUGAAAUCAAGUAGUUUAAGGGUUUAUGGGGGCAGUCUGGUUAAAAGAACAAUUAUUUUUUCGUUUUUUUUCCCCGCUUUUUCUUUAAAAUCUAGCCAAGAUUUCAUUCAGUCGAAAAUGGCUCAAUGAAGUUUGGUUCAAUGAUUUUGUGAGAAUUCCUGGAUGAUUUCGGAAUGUUUUAUAUGUAUUAAAGUUAGGGUGGGAGACGUUUAAAUUUUUGGAAAAUUGGAAAUAGACAAAUACCAGAUAGUCAACUAAACCACAACAAGGUGCCUUUGAGCCCAUUAUCGGACAAACUGGUUUAUGUGUAUACCUUUUCUAUCUUUAUUUAUUUCCUUCCCAAAUCAACACCAUUUUCCCCAAAAAAACAACCAGACUGCCCCCUUAAAUAUGGUGAAUUUUACCUGAGAGGUCUUGUUUGUCCAUAACGCAGGAGAGAGGUGUUAGAACAUCUCAAAUAAAUGUUUUCGUAGCGGGAAGAUGUAUCAAGGAGGGAUCGUUGUCUUAGUCAAAGUAAUUAUUUUAGUAGCGGAAAGUUUUUUUAAGGAGGCGUAGUCGUGUUAGUCAAGGGAACAUCUUUCCACCUUAAGCAUCGGUAAAGAAAACUUGUAAAUAUUUGCCAACAAGUGGUCAGCAUACGAGUGUGAUAAGUAACAGAAAUCUUGGACUUAACACUCUUUUUUCUCUCUGUCUUGUCCAUGGCAGGUUGUAUUUGAGGGUAUCGUCGGUAAGAGUUACCAAGGUGACAUUGCUAUUGAUGACCUCCAGUUGUUUAAUAGUCCUUGCCCAUUACCAGGUAAUCUUUGUUAAUGUUACCCUUAUGUCCUAUAACUCAAAAGUUGAAAUGUUAGUUUUACAAGCCCAACGUAGAUUUACGGCACACAAGACAUUUUCUGUUAUAGAAAAAUUAAGCGCAGAAAUCAACAGUACAGAAAUGCGAUUACCCCGGCAGGAAAUGACUGUAAUCUGUACCACUUUUCUGUAGUUCGUUUUUUCCGUUUUGGCUCGCCAAAAGGUGAUCGGGUGCAAGCCACUUUAAGUGAUAUUACUUGUGUUACCGAUCACCCUGGUUGUUUUUCUUCCAUCUAUUGUGAAUUUUUUACCUACUGAACAUCAUGGGAGUUUAAGAAUUCUUUGAAACGUGUCCGUGCUUUCCAGACCGGAGUACCCGGAGUAAAACCUCUCUGAGCAAGGAAGUGAACCAUCGAGAACCGUCGACGCCGGGAUUCGAACCCAGGCGACAUUGGUGGGAGGCGAGGGCUCAUAUCACUGCUCCACCCUUGCUCAAUAGCAUCUAGACUCGACGUCUAUCUUUUUAACAGGAGGCACUAUUUUUUUUGUCACUGUUCAGGUGAUUGUGACUUUGAGAGUGGAUUGUGUACAUACGAUAACACUCAGGAUGAAGAUCAGUUUGACUGGUUGAGAAACGCGGGAGCCACUUCAAGCUGGCGGACGGGGCCAUCGGUUGACCAUACUCUAGGAACAGCUUUAGGUAUGAAAAAAAGGGGAAAAAAAGCUUCUUGCACUUAUUAAAAAAAUAGUCAUACCUACGUUGAGCAGAAACACGCCGGACCCUUGCCCGAUCAUACAGGAAUGUUACUCUAAAAAGAGAAACGGAAGAAGAAGAAUCGGGAAAACGGGGAACUGGAAAUAACACCGUUACUCUUUCUUUGGUCCGCUUUAUAGAAAAAAAGGGGAAACGAGGAUUUACUGAUGCUCGCGUCUGCUUAAUAUGGGGUCACCUUAUUGCAGGUUUCACUUUAUUUUUUAUGUUUAAAAUUUGCUAGAAUCGAACAUUUCAAGUGAAAAACCUUAAAAAAACUAACUUUAUUCACUGGCUCAUUGACAAUAGCAAGUCUUGUAUCAAAAAUUAAGCUUAACUGACAAAGUAAAUCGUUUUUUGGGUGUAGGACAUUACAUGUAUAUAGAAACGUCAGCUCCACGUAGGAAAGGCGACAAGGCUCGUCUUCUCAGUGAAGAUUUCUCACCCACUACAAUUAGAGGAAGGUGCGUUAAAUUUUGGUACCACAUGUAUGGUGCUACCAUUGGAACCCUCAGAGUUCUUGUGAAGACGGGGCCAGGAAACCAGUCAGAAAGCAUAAUCUGGGAAUUGAGUGGAAACUUUGGUAACCAGUGGUACAGCGCACAGGCUCCAGUGUCAAGUGGAAAAUAUUAUCAGGUACAAGCUUUCUAAUGUUAGCUGAAAUUAGCCAAAUAGCAUUUUUAUAUCUUAAUUUUAAUUUUUAAUUUUUAGUUUUAAUUUUAAUGUUUAGUUGAAUGACUGCAAAUAAUAGUAAAACCUGUGUUAAGCGCGGGAGCUGUCACUGGUUUAUACUUGAUAGAGGUGUUUGUCUAAUGCACAUCUGUUUUACAGAACACGUGGGAAGAAAAGUUUAAAGCUUGUUGCUGCUCUUGCCCGCUUUUAUGUAAUGUUGCCACUUACGAAGUUCAUCUGUCGUCCCUGGGAACAAAGAGAAGGUCAAGUAUCGUUACUAAUUGUUGCAUACACCACUUUGUUCUUGACAGAUCGUCUUUGAAGCUGUGCGGGGCAGUAGUUUCAGUGGAGACAUUGCCGUAGAUGACAUAUCAUUUGCUACAACUCGAUGCUCUGUAGUGCCAUCUAUAGCAGUGCCUCCAACACCUCCGCCGACUAAACCUACACCUAUUAUAAACAACUGCACAUUUGAAGGCGGAUUCUGUUCAUGGACCAAUCUUAAAGGAGACAACUUUGACUGGACAAGAAGUCGCGGGGGAACAUCUUCCUGGAACACUGGACCCACUGUGGAUCAUACAUUAGGAACAAAUCAAGGUAUUAAUAAUUAGUAGUUAGCGCAGACGAAUGUGAAGGCGUGUGUGGCAGAGCGGUUCAGACCUCGACCUUAAGAUCUGGAGGUCCAGGUUUCAAGUCUCGCCCGUCGCGUUGUUUCUUUAGACAAGGAACUUUUACUCCACUUACCUAUCUAAAAGCCAGUUAACACGGAAGACGAAAUUUUUCGCUUUGGGAUGUGAUCAUCAUAAGCAUUGUCGAGGCGUGUGUCGCGAGCGGUUAACGCCUCCUGCUCCUCGUCUCUCUUCACCGAGGUGUAUAAAUGUGUACUGACAACAUACUGCUGGAUGUAACCCUGCGAUGGACUAGCAUCCCAUCCAGGGGGAGUAGCAAUACUCCUAGGCAUGCUUCAUGCCAAGGAAAUUACGGAUAAGCUGCAGCCGUUUGGGCCUUUGGCUCGUGUGCGCCUUAACCUUUACCAGACGAAUGUGUGCACAGAAUGGAUUAUUAAUACAAGUAGUACACUUCUUUCUGUAUGAAGCUAAGAUAUUUGUCUGAUUGUGUUGAAAAUUUAUUUCUUCAGGUUACUACGUGUACAUUGAAACAUCCUCUCCACGUAGCCCUAAUGACAAGGCGCGGCUCCAGAGUGGGCUUGUACAACCUACUACUGUCACCAAUGGGCGGUGCUUAAAGUUCUGGUACCACAUGUGGGGAGAUCAUGUAGACACACUUAAUGUGUACCGCAAAGCUGGCUCAGCACAAGUGAGGUAAGGCAUACAGUUGGUAUAGGUAUGAUUUAUCUCCAGCUUUCCCAAAGUCCCGAAAUGUUUUUUCUUUUUUUUUUAAAUAGAGAUGAGAAAUGGUCACGUCACGUUGCCACGAUCGCAAAAACUUUGGAUGACAGCAAACCGAAAAACUCACUUAAAAGUCUUCUGGCACUAUUUCAAACUUCACCGAUCUUAUUCAAUUUCAUUUAAUUGGGCAAAUCUUCUUUGGGACCGUAUCUGUCGUUAUCUGAGUUAAGAAAAAGAAUUCGACAAUUUUUUGUCUUGUGUUCACCAACAUGUACUCCAUUAAGCGGGCUGGAGAAAUUAGGAAGUUUCGGUGCAACAACGGCAAAGAAAUGUACAAAAUAGCGUGAUGCACGCGCGAAGUUGUUGUUUGUUAACAUAGACAUAUUAUUUUUUGCCGUCCUCCUUGCCGUCGCCGUCGUCUUUGGUUUUGUUGUCAUCCAGAAAUAGUGCUACCAUGGUAACCUGACGUCUCACUUCUCCUCUCUAUGGCAGUUACCACUGCGACGAUCAAAAAUGUAUUUCCGCAGUUCACAUCAUGUUCAGUUCAUGUUUCAUUCCUUUCACUGGUUAAGAGGAACUCAACAAACUGGUCUGCUCCCAAUUUAUAACUUUUCAUAGCUCAGUUGGUAGAGCACUGCAGCGCUAACGCAGAGCCCAUGGGUUCGAAUCCCGUUGAAGUCCCGAAAUAUUUUUUCCGGUUAAUUUACAGUUGCUUUAAGUGCAAUUACCACUGCGACGAUCAUAUUUUCAUUAAUAAUAAUAAUAAUAAUAAUAAUAAUAAUAAUAAUAAUAAUAAUAAUAAUAAUAAUAAUAAUAAUAAUAAUAAUAAUAAUAUUUCCGCAGUUCACAUCAUCUUCGUUUCCUACCUCCAGCUGUAUUGCUCUUAUUACAGUAAAGUUUUUUGGCUUGUAACAUUUGUUUAUCUUCUGCCAUUUUACAGGCUGUGGACUCGCAGAGGAACCCAAGGCAACAAGUGGCGCUAUGCCCAAGUUAACCUGAUAAGCUCCCAGCCAUUCUAUAUCAUCUUUGAGGGUGUGCGCGGAAGCAGCUAUAUGGGAGAUAUCGCCCUGGAUGAUUUGGAUAUUGUUGAUGGGCCUUGUCCUCCUCCUAAGUUCUGUGAUUUUGAAACUGAUAUGUGCAAGUGGAGCAAUAUUCGUGGAGAUGAGUUUGACUGGAGACGUGACAGUGGAGGGACGCCCUCGCUGGGAACAGGACCUUCUACUGACCAUACAACUGGAACGAGAAAUGGUUUGUUUUCGUUUUUGUGCCUCUCAACUCCUUCACUCUCAACAGCGAAAAAAAGGCUGCUAACCUCGUUAUGGGGUUAAAAAUACCAGAUUUUAAUGUUAUGAGACACUGGAAAAGAAUCGGCGGUGCCAGAGGAAAGGAGUACAUGAUAGAAUGUUUUUUAAUGGUUACCCUUCAUGAUUUUAUUUAUAGACUAGAUAGUCGGAACUUACGCACGUGUCCAUAAUUUACCCUUUUUGUGAAAGUUGAGAAAGGUUCAACACCUUCCAUACUUUUAGAACUUGGAUGAAAUUCAUUGGUGUUUUUUUAUACAAUAGAUAAAUAGAUGCUGUUACAAAGGUCAUUUUCUUGAAGCUUUUAUUGAUAUCCCAUAGCGCAGGAAUUAAGAGCAGAGUGUCUGUUUCACAAACCUCUUUCCCUUCGAUAAAUAAGCAAGUAAAUAAAACAAGUAAGUACAUGUAAGAUAUCAAGGGAACCAAGGGAACGAAUUGAUUCACGUGUCUGAAAAACUGAAAUACGUUCACUGCUGUGGUCAUUCUGGCUAGGCAAGUUACCAAACGACGAAAAAGCUACCCUCUAACUGGCCAACCCGAGCGGGAAAGAUGGGCUUAUCUUACCUGCUUUGUUCUUGGAAAAAAAUGUUAUGAAAGAGGGAAAGAAAGAAAAAAAUUUGCCAGAAUCAAGCCGUCUUUACUUCACGCAUGGUUAAUAACGCUUUUAUUUUCAUUUUCCUGAAUGCUUUCAGGUUAUUAUAUGUACAUCGAAACCUCCUUUCCAAGAAAACCAAAUGACAAGGCGUGGCUGAUUAGUCCUCAAUAUACUCCUGCUCCUAAUGGCAAAUGCUUUAAUUUUUGGUACCACAUGUCUGGCCGUCAUAUUGGCUCACUUAAUGUCUACCUUAAAGAUUCUAUAAGGUUAGGUAAAAUGGUGUGGAAUGAGACAGGCAAUCAAGGCAGCUCUUGGCUUCAGGCCAAGGCACUGAUCAAGACAAAUCUUCCAUUCCAGGUAUGACUUAGAAGAGUUUUAGUAUAAACAGUAGGAUCAAAGGAGCUGGGCUGAUAUGGUGACCAGUUAGUACUCAUCCUGUCUGAUCUUGAUAUGUUGUUGUUAGUUUGUGAUAUAAACAUAGUUGAAUGAGUGCAACUCAUAUGUGACGUUAACCUGUCGCUUAUUUUAAAAACCAGCUAGUCAGUAACACUCAAUUUAUUUCAUGACUAUGCGUAACAAAAUUUCAUAAUACCUUAAUUAAUUUCCCAUACUUUUUUUUCAAGAUUGUUAUUGAAGGAGUUAGGGGACAAAGCUAUGCUGGUGACAUUGCGGUGGAUGACGUUUGGAUUGAUGACAGUCCUUGCCCACCGGAAGGUUGGAAUUUCCAUUACAUAGCUUAUAAUCUAUUUCAUUCCUGAGAGCAGCGAAUUAGAAAAUCGCAAAAGCUAAAAUUGACUCAUGACGGAAGUGUUCGCCUAGGACAAAGGUUGAAUUGUUUUUGGAUAAAUUCAAAGUCAAACACGUCAGACGCUUCCGACGAGGGCGUUGUCAUUUUUCCUCUGCCGACAGUUAUAGCUGAAAUUUACUUGCUUUAAUGUAGAGGACCACAGAACAUGGAAAACAAUUUGCCAAAAAUAUAAGUACGCUCGCACUCUAAUUAGCCGCGUCUCCUGUUGCUUUUAGCCUUUCUAUCUAGCCUUUCUUUAUCCAAUCUUAAUGUUGCUUUUAUUUUUUAUAUUUUGUCAAUUUUCGGGUCCACAGUAAUUGGUUUGCCGUGAAAUUUUGAAAGCAAGCCCCUCCAUGUAUAAGCCCCUCCAAAUAUAACCCCCCCAGACUCGUAACGCAAAAACCCCUCCGUUAAAUCGCCCCUCCAAAUAUAAGCUCCUUGGGGCUUGUACUUGUAAAUUGCCCUAAAAUACAAAGUAAAACAAAGCAAAAACGGUAAACUUCCUUCCAACUGUAAGGCUAGCCCAAUCGAUUUUGAAACGCAAAUUUCCCUCCAUAGAUUAGCCCCUCCGAAUAUAAGCCCCUUCAAAAGGGCCUUUGAAAAUUGUAAGCCCCAGGGCUUAUUUUCGGAAUUUUACGGUAUCUGUUGUGGUUACCCUGCCAUGUGGUAUAUGCAUGUUAUUAUUAUUGCUAUUAUUAUAGCGAAGCGUAAUAAAUGAAUAAAUGAAUAAAUUUGAAAAUAACCGUUAUAACAAUGUGUAAAGCCGUGCUUACUGGCAUUCAGUAACAGCUGUGAUGUCUUAUUGAAGGGUUAUUUCACCAUCUUUAUCACUGCAGGGAGCUGUGACUUUGAGGAAAAGAGUUUCUGCACGUGGCUGAAUGUACCGAAUGCAAACCGGUCAGUGGGUCUUGAUGACUUUGAUUGGACUUUGGGAAGUGGCUCUACUCCAAGUUGGCAAACAGGACCAUCAACUGACCAUACCACUGGAACAGCUGUUGGUGAGUUCUUCAUGUACAGUGAUGCUUUCAUUGCUGUCAUGCAUGAGAAAUGGAAAAAACCACUUGCUUGUGGAGACAUUCUGAAAGCUCAGAGUAAUUUGCCGUGGCUUUCUUAAAAGUUUCAUGCUCGCCUCUAGCUCUUCGAAAAAGUCUAGAAUUUUUGCUAACCGAUUAGUACUGAUGCAUUUGUCUUACCUUGUUACCACCGCUGCUGGUAAUAAGAAGUGAUUUUAAACGGUACUAAGGACAAACACCACCUUUCUGUUUAAAUAUUUUUUCUGUCCUCAAGGGCAUAUAAUACAGUAAUUCUGGUAACAAAUUUUUCAUUGGAGGUAAAUAGCAUCAAUUGCUAAGUCUCUUUUUAAGGCCACUUCCACGUCUGCUGUGCUUCAACGCUUACAACUAUACUUAACUACUGAUUCUUGUUGAUUUUAUGCAGGGACCUAUGCAUUCAUUGAAACUUCCUAUCCACGAAAGAAAGGUGAAAUUGCACGACUGAAGAGUAAGAUGUUUUCGUCCACAACUGGGAAAUGUAUGUCUUGGUGGUUUCACAUGUAUGGUGCCACUGUUUCGUCCCUCAAUCUCUACAUGAAACAGGCUGGCAAACCAGAAGCUUUGAUGUGGAAUCUCAAUGGUUCUCAGGUACAGUGUUUUGCAUUGGUGGCAAAUAAGUAUCUAUUUUUGAUCACUUUCGUAGAAUGGCAACAGAGUUAAUUUGAUCAAGGUCAAUUUGAUGGGCUAAGUUAAGUUGACGGGCGUUGAGGAGAAGCCGUUGGCCUUGCCUUUUUCAUCUUCACACAUUAAUCACAAUGGAAUCUAAAAAGACCCUUCACAUAGUUCUAAAAGAGUAUUAGACCUACACCCUAAUACCAAUGCCUUUCUAACUUGUGCAGUCGUUGGUUUCUGGGUGAGGUAAGAUCAUACAUUGGCGGUAACAAAGAAUGUCUUGAUAUGUUGACUCGUGAUCAAACCUCUCUGGUUCUUUCGUAUGUCAGCGACUGACUGCAAAACACUGACAGGAAAAUUUUCACCGUUAUUUCUUUUUUUAGCUUAAUUAAUUGUGGUCAAAAUUUUUGCCAUACUCGCGAAUUUCAUAAGUUGUUUAACGUACGUACCGUCAGCCCAAAGGAGAGGUCACUCAAGGAAUAGUACACUGAAGUUUUUUUUUUUCCCGUUUGUGUUUUUAUAGGGCAACGUCUGGAAGAAAGCGGAAGUAACAAUAACCAGUCGAAUCAACUUUCAAAUGAUUUUUGAAGGUGUCAAUGGAAAGGACUAUAAGAGUGACAUUGCAAUUGACGACAUCUCUUUUGCGGAUGGAUACUGUGUAGGACUAUGCUCUUCUGUUAACGCAUAUAAGCGGGUUGACUGCGGCUUUUUAGGUAUAACCAGAGCACAGUGUGUGGGAAUCCGCAGAUGUUGCUGGGAUGAUUCUGUUCCUAAUGUUCCAAAGUGCUUCUAUCAUCCGAGUGCAUGCAAAAGCAUCAUUCCCGCUAACAGGUUUGUUUUUACUAAGUAAAGGAUGGUCCCCUGUGUUAACCUUCUUUAACUUACUCCGGGGUAAAUUAAGUUUUUAUCAAAAAGAAUAUUUACCUUACUUUACCCCCCCAAAUCAGAUAUUGAUAACCCCAUCGCUUCUUUAGCUAUAAUACAAUAUUACUACAACAUUACAAUGUUAUUGUAAGUUGAAUAAAAAAUAGUUGUUCUCGUAGAUCAUCCCUAGAGAUUGUCUUGAUUCAAAUGUCUGUUGUAUGUACUUUUAGACAACGUUGUGGCUACAGCGGCAUUUCUGCAUCACAGUGCCAGUCACGUGGGUGUUGCUGGGACAACUCAGUUCCAAAUGUUCCUUUUUGCUUCCACGGUCCUACCAGACCAACUCCUUUCCCUACAACACCACCCCCUCCAACUACCUUGCCACCAUCUAAGUGGGACUGCACAUUUGAGACUGGACUUUGUAACUGGAACAACUCAAAAGAGGAUGACUUUAACUGGCACAGACAGUCUGGUAGCUCCCCAUCGAUUGGGACUGGUCCCACUGCAGAUCACACGACAGGAAGCCAGCAAGGUUAGAAUUAAACUGCGAUCAUUGGUAACCUUGUACUUGAUAAAGAAUAACAUUUGCUUAAAGCGCAAGCGUUUUGCUUAAUUCUUUCUAACACAUAUCAGUAAACGAGAGUGAUAUUAAUAAGGAUCGUAUCACGAAAAUCAAUCUCACUUCUUGCCUCAGCUGCUUGCUGACCUAAAUUUGGUGGUGACAUCUUUGGAUAUGAAAAUUAAUUUUGUAGUUUCAUUUGUGCUAAAUUGUAUUUCAAUGAAAGAGUUGAGAUAAACGUCGUUCAUCCAUGAGGCGCCCUCAUCUAGUUAAUAUGAAUACAGUGGCGACACAUGGCAGACACCGAAAAGGGUAGAAGAGGAGGGAAAGAGAGAGAAAAACCUCACCCCCUUCUGCGCCUGCCAUUCAAACUUUGUCAACCCAUGUACUUUCUCCUCUUGUAAAACAAUCAAGAACUGAGCUGUAGUUAUUCUUAAGUGCCAUUGUGUUCCUUAGUUGUUCUUUGGGCUGUCGGUCUAUCUUGUCUGAAACGAUUUCUUAUAAUAUUUAUGAUACAUUUUCUUGCAGGGUAUUAUGUUUACAUUGAAACCUCCUGGCAGUCUCCAAAUGACACUGCUGUCCUAGAAAGUGCUGUGGUUCCUCCAACAUCUGGCAAACCAAAUAAUAUGAUCUGCUUACAGUUUUGGUAUCACAUGUAUGGUCAGCAUGUAGACACUCUAAACUUGUUUAUGAAGCGAGGACAGCAGCUUCCCGCAGCACCAAUUUGGACCAAAAGUGGCACGCAAGGUAACAGGUGGAGGCGUGGACAGGUGGCCGUAACAAGUACAUCUAAGUUUCAGGUGAGGCAGUUGUCGUAAGUUCGAUCUACACUGUAAAACGUUGUCGCUUACAAUUGCCUACGAUGAUUUUACGACACGACAUGUAUCAAACGUACGACAAUCCGCGUAAGUGUGUUUUAGGUGUGAUUUACACCAACUCGUGUCGUUGGCUUAUGAUGGUAAAAAGGUAGGUUAAAGGCACACACGAGCCAAAGGUCCAAACGGCUGGAGCUUAUCCCGGUUUCCUUAGCACGAAGCAUGUCUGGUAGGAGUAUUGCCACUCCCCCUGGACGGGAUACCAGUCCAUCGCAGGGUUACCCCAGCAGUAUGUCGCAUGGACCCAUUUAUACAUCCAGAUCAAGAGAGAGAAAGAAGAGUUAAGUUCCUUGUCUAGGGAAAAAACGCGACGGGCAAGGUUUGAACCCGAGACCUCCAGUUCCAGAGUACGAGGUGUUAACCGCUCUGCGACACACGCCUCCACAAGACUUAUGACGCGUGCAUCGCAAAGCGAAAAAGUCUGUGUUCCAUGUUAAUUGGCUUUUAGAUAGGUAAUUUGAAAAGUUAACUCUCCUUUUAGGCACUGGCUUAAAAGAGAACCCUCAUCUGAAGUGCGUCAGUGACUUUCUGUAUGCUUAUGCUGUUAGUCUCUUCUCUCUCUUUACACCACAUUCAGUGACCUAGGUUGCUGGAUGCAAGCUGCACUUUUUUGGUAGGUGUUUGGGUAGAGAAAACCCGCAUAUAAAAUAUUGUUUCCAACGCGACUGUUCAUUUUUUAUUGUAUGUUUCAGUUUGGUUUCCAAGGAACAAGAGGACUCAGCUAUCAGGGAGACAUUGCCCUUGACGAUAUCAGUCUCCUAGAUGGACCUUGCCCACUUUUUCGUAAGCUAAUUAAAAAUGUGGUUAUUGGUCAUAUUAUUUCUGCUGAUUUAAAGCAUUUCUUUUUCUUCUUCAUAGCUUCAUGGCCUAGUUUGCACAAGGGAUAUACCAUACUUUGUGAAGUAGUGACUAGACCUUUUUAUUCUAGAUAACGUUCUUUCAGAAGGCUUUUUUGGCUGACAGGUGUUUCCAGAUUUGUAUGUUGCUUGAGCUUAGGCUUGUGCGUUUAAGGAAGGAUUUCCAUUCUAAGGCCGUAGGCAAACGUGAAAGUUAAGCCAGGGUGAACUUUUAGUUUUAUGCGCUACCAUCCAUACAAUGCGCGUAAAAUUUACGUGCGUAGGGCACGUGAAAAUUACGUGACAGUGGAAAUCCACCUGAAGCUUAGCAUUGCAACUUAACAGGGAAUAAAAAAUUAUAGCUGGGCGAACGGAGGCAUAUCUAUUGAUUUAUUUAACUAUUAAAGCUUUUGUCUCCUUCAGCAUACUGUGAUUUUGAGUCGCCUAACAUCUGUGGGUACACCCAGGACCAGGGAGACAUUUUUGACUGGUCUAAAGGAAGUGGAAACACAACUUCUAUCGGAACAGGACCCCCUUCAGACCAUACUUAUGGUACUGCUUUUGGUAAGUAGUUUAAGCUAAGGUGGAGUACAGAUUUAUAUUGAAUAGAAGUGAAGUGUUGUAUCCCUGAAGCCUAAAAUUUGCUAUCAAACUUUAAAAUUCAUGUCAAAUAUUGUUCGCUAAAACAGCUGCAGUAAAGAGGUCUUGAGAAAGGUCUAUUGUAUGCUGCAAAUAAAGCACCGUCUUGGGGUUGCAGAUCUGAAGUACAAAUCCAGUCAAUCCGCUCUUGGGGUACUAUCCUUGCUUCCUUUUCUAAGAACUUUAAGAAUACGCCCUUUUUUGUUUGAGGUUGUAAACAACAUUCACGCGUUAAUGUUAAUUGUAUCCAUUUGUUGGCACUUCUAUUUGUCUGGAGUAAAACAGCCUUUUUUUUGCUAGGACACUACAUGUAUAUUGAGACGUCAAGUCCCCGCAAGCCAGGAGACUAUGCGCGCCUUGAGACUCCUACUUACCAGGCAACCGAUGGAAAUGGAAAGUGUCUAAUGUUUUGGUAUCACAUGUACGGUAGUGGUAUUGGAAGACUGAAUAUUUACAUCAAACGUGGACAAUCUCUUGGCACACCAGCAUGGACCAUGUCUGGUAACCAAGGCAACAGAUGGUUGAGAGGAAUGUUGACUGUUAAAAGUCCAAAUCAACAGUGGAAGGUACAUGUUCGAUUCUCAAGGGUGAAAAUUGUCAGUACCUUCAUACGUGUGGUGUUUUUUUUUGUACCCUCUAUUUAUAUUUUAAAGUAGGACUUUUUUCCCUUACCGUUUAGGCUGUAUUUGAAGGCAUGAGAGGUCGGGGAUAUCGAGGAGAUAUUGCCAUCGAUGACUCAGAAGUCAAGAACGGGCCUUGUCCACCCCCAGGAUCAUGUGACUUUGAAAGAGGCUUGUGUGCUUAUCAGAAUGAUUUAAGUGGUGACGAUUUUGAUUGGGAGCGAAACACUGGUCACACUACAAGUAUUGGUACUGGACCAUCUAUUGAUCAUACAACUGGCACAACGAAAGGUAGCAAUCAAAUCUCUAUCCUCUGGGACUCCUCAAAACAGCAAACAUAUUAUGUUUUGUACUUUUCUAACACAGAUUAUGAAAACUAAGAGUAACGUCUGAGUCCAACAGGAGGUCAGAAUUAAUUCCCUUUCUCCUGGACGGUGUUUGGUUUUCAGGUUAUGAAUAGUCUUUGAUAGUCUUUUCCAGUGAAGUCGUUGACUGUUUCAAAAAAACUGCAGGUUACUUUCUUUUCAAUGUCUUAAAAAAUGCAAAAAAUCACGGACUUCCUUUAUUAAAUCGUGUGAUCUAAAACGAAAUACAUUGUAUAAUGUAAAGUGUUGGCAAGAGCGAGUCACCAACGCCGGACUGAGCGACUACCGUUCAAUUUUGUGAGACAGGAUCAGACACAGAAGGCUUUGUCUUGCUUGCCGUUGCCACCAUCACCACGAAUUACCAGCAAAUCAGCUUGUCCUGUGGCGGCCAACACACGGACACCUACGACGCGGUCGCCUAGUGUCAACAUUCAUAGACACUCUGAUGAGGGAUGCUGGAACGGCAACCACCAGCAAACUCUCAGCCUGCCUGGACAAUAGAGUGGACUGGGCGACCAGUUGACUAGGUCGGCUGAGGCCGCCUGAAUGAUUGAAUGAAUGAAUGAUAUACUUCUGCAUUCUUUGCCAGUCACUUGUGAUGUUUUGACUGGUAUCUUUUGUCUUCAGGGCAUUACGUUUACAUUGAAACUUCCUCCCCAAGAACGAAAGGAGAAAUUGCGCGACUAACGUCAGAUAGGUUUAAAGUCAGCAAAAGUCACAACUGGUGCAUGAGUUUCUGGUAUCACAUGUAUGGUAACAGCGUCGGCUCACUCAAAGUCAAGCUCAAGAUUUAUCCUUUUAAUCCCAGUCGAUAUUACUACUCAACAGUAUGGACAAAGCUAUCUAACCAUGGAGACGUUUGGUUAUCGGAUCAAGUGCAGCUGAACAGUCCAGAUAACUUUGAGGUAUGAUUAGGUUUUGCAUCACCUCUUUUGGCAGAAACUAAAUGUAGGGGAGUUGUUUCUUUUAGUAACAGGUAGAUGGACAGAGUUGGGAUUAGAAUUUAAUCUACUGCAGAGAGCUAAGAUUUUUUUUAAAUGAGACCCAUUUGGAACCAGAACAAAAAUGGGAUAAACCGAUAAUUUUGGUCUUCUACAGAUUGUAUUUGAAGCUGCGGUGGGCGCGUCAUACGAUGCUGAUAUUGCCAUUGACGAUGUUGUUGUGACUCCUGGUUUUUGUCCGUGUAAGUACAAGUCUGCCACUUAUCACUUACAUUAAAUUGUUUGCCAAUUUUUGUAAAUUAUAUUUUAGCCGGUGGAGUUCCAAGUUUUCUACGACUAUAAAACGCAUCCUUCUGACUUAAUGAAAUUAUUCGCAAUUCCAAAGUUUCGGUUUUAGUUGUUAGGGCUGUGUUUGUCUCGUUAUAUUAUGGAGUUGAUUUAUUUUGGCGUCUUUUUAGAGCUUAGGAUUCUUCUCCAGAAGAUUCUGAAGCGGACCUAUUAUAAGGCAAUUCCAGGGAAAGUUAUUAAUGUUUUUCUCCCUAUUGUCAGCUCCUUCCCCAACUCCAACACCAAACCCAUGUGCCGUGAAGUGCAAGUCUGGCAAAUGUGUAAGUUCAACUAAAGUGUGCGAUUUUGUGAGUGACUGUGGACCUGGAGACAACAGCGAUGAGUUGCACUGCGGCGACUGUACAUUUGAACAAGGUUAGAUGAUGCAGGUCAUUGUAUCUUUUCGUUUUUGGCUUUUUCAUUUGGAAGAAUCAUAACUUGGUGGAGGCAAAUUAAUGGCAGUUAGAUGGAUAGAUACACAUUCUCAUUGCCUAUAUCAAAACAUAAAUAACAAUCAAUUGAAAUACGACUCACAGUAUACGUACGAACGCAGUGGUAUAGAAAGGUUAGUGUUUGAUCUCUGUUUGAUCUCUCUGUUAAAGAUGAGUUUGUUUAUUUUUCGUUAAUAUCGGGCUUUGAAUUCCAAAUAAGCAAGUCAGUCUUUUCCACACAGACCGUUUGAAUGAGGUUUAAAAAUAGCACUUAAAAACGUGUCAAUACUGCAGUCCAGUUUCAAUCCCUACAAUGUAACUAUGUUGAUCAUCAUACUAUGUCAAAGGGUAUCACUGGGUGCCAUCGCUUUUUCUCACCUUACUUCUCCAAUACCAGGCUAUUGUGGAUGGAAUGACACAAGCAAAGGAGCGUUUGAUUGGAACAGAGAUCGUGGUGGAACGCCAUCUUCCAACACAGGACCCACUGUUGAUCACACACUUGGUAAUCAGAUAAAUGCUUUUAUAUAUCAUUUUCGGUUGUAGUCUAUACAACUGGAGAGAGGAAGCAGCCAAGCAAUUUACUCCCUGUAUUGAUUUUAUUGCACGAAUUAUUCUGUUUACGUGUCUCCUGUGAAAGCAGUGAGAUACUUUUGAAAAAUGUAGACUGGAUUCCAAAAACCCAGCUGAACAAACGCCCUCUCCCAAGAAUUAACUCACUUUAAAGCGUGAUUGUUCAGAUUGAAGACGGUUGAAUUGAUUGUAAAUCACCGCAGUUAACGUUGUGUCUGACGAGAAUCAAUUGCUUGUUUUAGGCACUGCUCUUGGAUAUUAUAUGUAUGUGGAAGCUUCUCAGGGAGGAACAUGGGAUCUUGCCAAACUGGAGAGCCCAUGGCUGAGACAGUCAGCAGCAACCUGUGUUGUCAGCUUCUGGUAUCACAUGUAUGGCAAAGGAAUUGGAACCUUAUAUGCAUAUGUAAAAGUUGGUCUUACUUACUCUAAGUUGUUUGAAGAAUAUGGCACCAAAGGUUAGGCAUUAUCCUUUUUUAUUGUUUAUGAGUUAUUUAAAAAAUAGGUUUGUAGGCAUACCGACAUACCAUACAUGACACAUACCAAACAGGUAUUUGAUAUAGAUUAACUCUUACAUCAUUGUAAGGGCAUCGUGGAAAAAAUUGCACGCGAAUAACCUCUUUGUUACGUGGGACCCGCCUUGAAUUAGAAUUAGCUUAUUUAAAGCUUAUUUCUUCAAUUAUUAUUCCGCGCAUUGAGAAGUUGGGCACUGUAAGUAUAUGUCGCAAAAGACAAUAGCAUUCUUGGGAUGAUGAUCUUCGAACAGUUACAACAUCUUUUUAUAUAAGGUGUGUAAGACAGGAUUGGAACUGAAUGACCCCUGCUCAGAUGUUAUUUAUUCCAUCAACAUUCCUUUAGUUAGUUAGUUUUUUUUUUUUUCAAUUAUGUCAGAAACUUAGUUUAUGAAGUCCUUUUUGCAGGCAAAAACUGGCUUCAAGGAAAACUUUAUGUCGGGCGUCACGCCGCACCAUUCAAGGUUAUUUUUGAGGCUGAGAGAAGUUAUAAUGUGUUUGGAGAUAUUGCAAUCGACGACGUCAGUUUUGUGAACUGUACUUUGCCACCAGUCGUUAGCAGCUGCCAGAGAGGCCAACAUCGUUGUGCGAGAGGAUCGUGUAUUGAUCCGGGGCGUCUCUGUGAUUUCACUGAUGACUGUGGAGAUAACUCUGACGAAACCAACUGUUAUAAUUAUCAGUUUAGGUAAGAUGCUCAUCUUACAGCUGAGUAAACUACGUAGCAAUUGCUGAAUUCGGCUUCAGCCUCGGUGGAUAACAUCCUCCGAGAUCUGCAAAAUUCUUCACAUCCUAGGAAAGCCGAAUUCAAUAACUGUUUUAUUAUUCAUUCAAAAUGUUUUUAAGUUCCGAACAAGUUUACCUCCUCGUAGACUUUCUUCAAACCCUUGGAGUAUUUCUCGGUACGGUUAAGUAGAUAAAAUCUAUCGACCGAUGUGUCCAGCGUAUUCUUGCACAUAUUUCUUCCUUUCUGAUUUAGUUGGAAAUCAGCUGUUUCGUCUUAGGAUAGCGGGCGUGAACGCCAUUUGUUUUAGUUCACUCGUGAAUAGUCUGGUUAGCGGCUUGGCGAUGGUCUAUUGCCCUUACAGCCUUGUUUCCAAUCAAAUAUACCAUCGAACCGAUGGCAUAAUGCUAGCAUCUUCCAAAUAUGGUAAGCGCCAGUUGGUUAUGAAGAUUAGCUGGGGGACAGGAGCCAAUCAGAAACAGCGAAAUAUUUUGAAGUAAUAAUAAUAAGGUGAGUUGUACCUUGUUUAACUAUAGCGUGUCAUGUGAAUACUUUUUUAAUGUUCAAUGCAGGUGUACUUUUGAACGAUCGUUGUGCCGUUGGACACAGCUUUCAGAUGAUGACUUUGACUGGACAAGAAACCAAGGCUCUACAGCGUCUUAUGGUACAGGGCCUAUGUUUGACCAUACUCUUGGCUCUGCAACAGGUAAUAGUGUUACUAAUACAAGUAAAUGUCCGCGAUAGAUAUCAAAUCUCCAUUUCUUGAAGUGUUGUGGUAGAGUGAUUCAUCAGGUAAAUAACAAGGAAUCUGAAAACUAUUUUUAGGCAAUAAAUUACCAGUCCAAAACCGAGGGGCUGUUAAAAGAGUAAACUGAAUAAGUUUUUGAAGAUUAAGUAAACUUGCUGUUACUGUUUUUAUUUCAAACCUUUUCAGUACUUCUUUCAAUACAAAUUGUGCUUUCCACUAGAAAUGCUUUCACAAUGGGGAGGUUUGUUUGUACCAAAAAACACGGUAUGAGCUCGUAUGAGCAGUGUUUUUAAACUCACGUACGCGGUCCAACCCUGCCUGUUACAUGUAGCCUUACUCCGAUCGUAAUGGUUACACUUCAAUGGUGACCUACAAGUAUACUCUUCCUCUUAGGAUAUUACUUGUAUUCAGAAGCCUCGUGGCCGCGUAAGAAGGGCGACAAAGCUCGCCUUGUCAGUGGCUUUAUCAGCGCAUUGGCUCCUGGGGACACCUCAUGCAAACUACGUUUCUACUUCCACAUGUUUGGUGCCCAUAUUGGCUCACUAAAUGUGUACACGCGCCCAUGUAAUGGCUGUGCAGAAACGCUGGUGUACUCAAGAUCAGGAAAUGUUGGUAAUUUCUGGGAUAGAGCUGAGGUUUCCCUCAAGAGUACCGUGCCUUUCCAGGUGAGGAUUUUCCCAUCUUAGGGCGAGAUUAAUUUUUGUAAAAGUGACUUGGUCGGUUGCUAGAACCGCCUUUUUGUGUUGAUAGACUUUCAGACCUUUAAGUUAAGAUCCUCUCAUUUGCUUUGCUAGUAAUAGGUCAAGGCACAGACUGAAAUCAUUACUCUGUCAGCGAUGUUGAUUCAACGCGUUGUUUGGUAUUUACGAUUUUAUAGGUUGUUAUUGAGAGUGUUAUGGGCCAAAGCUACCAAGGCGAUAUCUCCAUUGAUGACGUAUCUUUGAGCCAAUUCUGCCGACUCUACACUGGACCAACCCCAACAGCCCCUCCUCCAACCACAGGAGCACCAACAAUUCCAUUAUGUCCUGGAUUUAGGUUUAAAUGUUCCAAUGGACCCUGUAUUGAUCCAAAGUAUGUGUGUGACUACCGCGAUGAUUGUGGCGAUGGAUCUGAUGAAGUCAAUUGUGGUAUGUUAACUUCAGUAUCUCCCGUAUCAUCCUUUCUUUUUACAAAAACGGCCUUGACUAGAAUGGAUGCCCACAAAUCAGGUGGUAUCCAUUCUAAAUUAGGUUCCGUCUCUGGAGGUAACAACUAAAACCGUGUUUCUUACCUGUGGUCCGCGGUGGGUCGGCAUGCUCAUGCCAGUUAGUUCGCUUCAUCUUUCACGUGAUUGUGUGGAGUUUCUUUCAUGCUACGUUGCUCUCGCUACAAGGUUUCUAAUUCUUUCAGCCAUCCCCCCCCCCCCCCCCCCCCUUCUCCCCCCCCUUGCUUACCCCCCACGGGUGCGCCUUUGAGCCGUUUUCUCGGGUCUUGGCUCAAUUGCGCGCUUGGUGUCGUGUCGGUGGUGGGGGGGGGGGGUAGGGGUGUUCUGGGGUUGCUGGCAUCAGGGUGCCCGCGUGUCAGAUAGGAUAGCACGCUCACGCCAGUUGGUUCUCUUCCUCUUUCUCGUCAUUGUGUGGAGUUUCUUUUCUGCCACCUUCCUCCCCCUACAAGGUUUCUUAUUCUUCCAGCCCUCCCCCCCCCCCCCACCCCGCCUAUUUCCCCCUCUGGUUUUAGCGACACGGGUGCCUGCUUUGUACAUGUUUAGGGGGUCAUGGCUAAAUUGCGCCGUUGUGUCAACGGCGGAGGAAGGGGGAGGCGUUAUUCAUUUUAGGGGCUAGCUGCCUAAAGUGGAAGCACCUAGUUAAUGCUAGUACCCAGCCUCCGUUAAAUUGGCAGUUGUUAACGAAUGGAUAUUAUUGCAGGACCUUGUUCGUUUGAGUCUGGUUUGUGCGGUUGGAAGGAUAACAGUUUGGGCACUUAUCAAUGGACUAGAAACAAAGGUGCUACUAUCGCGGCUGGUACUGGACCAAGUGUUGACCACACGUGUGGAAAUGCUUCAUGUAAGUAAUAAGUCAUUUCAACAAGAUUUUUUGUUUGAUUGUAUUAUAAUGUAAAAGACCAAUACUUGAACCGUUCAAAUCCCCUAUGCCUUAACACUGUUCUUCGUACCUUGAAAAUACAUACGAAAAUAAUCUCGGUUUAAUACCCAACGGGCGCAAAAAGAAAGGUGUUUAAAAUACUUUUAGCGAAAGUUAAAGCAAACGUAAAUAUCUUUUGUUCGACUAUUCCUGUCGCAAAAAAGGAAACGCUCCUGUUGCAAUAUUCGCAAGCUAGAGUAUUCAGUCAACUCUGUCCUAAAGGACACGUGUCUAAGACGGGCAUAUUUUGUUGGUUCCGUCUCUGAGGUAUUUUCAAUCCUUUUACUGUUUAAAAAAAGGUUUAAAAGGUUUAAAGGCCUGUUUAUAGUGGAAGGUGCACUUAGCUUAUCCAGUUAGUUUACAGUCACUCCACUCAAAUACUUAGAAACAACGAAAUAAUUCAAAUACAACAUAAAUGGAUUAAAAACCCCAACUGGCAGGAGGUAACCUGUUGGCUAUUUACAAGCGUGGCCGAGGAUUUCAACUCUGGACGACCGAGAACAAAUCCAGCAAGUGGCCAGAGCAAGACUCUAACCCGGGACCGCCAGAUUGCGAGUUUGACGCGCUGAUCACUCGGCCACGCUGCCUCCAUCAAACUUAACCACGGCUACCGAGUUGACUGAUUGUGGCUGCUUGCUCGCCAAAUAAAAUCUUAUAAGCACUCAAACCAGAAGUGCGCCAUUACGAAUAGAAUUGGUUGAUUGUCAUUUUUAUUUCAAAGAUGCGGAAACCUUUCAUAAAAUUCGUCUAGGUUUGUUGCGUUCCUCAGUUUCUAAACAUGAUCGUAGGUUUGCAAUCGUUGUUGUUGUUGUUGUUGUUGUUGUUGUUGUUGUUGUUGGAGGUCAAAGGUGGUAGUAUGGAGAGUAAUUAAUAGUUGACUUGUUAGUUUUGCGAAAACAUUUUUUUCGGGUUAUUUUCUUCAUACUUUGAAUUCAAGGUUAUUAUGCGUACGUCCACUCUGGUGCUGGUUCCUGGUUUGAUGAUGCCAAACUGCGAAGCCCCAACAUGACCAAGACCGGGGCAGGAUGUGUUGUACGCUUCUACUACCACAUGUAUACUGCUAGCUCAGCAUUUACCGGAUCUCUUUACUUAAAACUUAAAAACAAGGGAGCAACAUCUAAUCUGUACGAAGUGUCCAGCAAUCAGGGAAAUAAGUGGAAGUUGGCCGAGGUUGGUUUGGGUGCUUUGGAUGCCGGUAAGUCUUUUGGCUGUAAAUCAAUGUCCAGUGUUUGCAGUGGCAACUGCUUGAAUAGCUCAAAAUCGACUUAGAUGACGACUGGCUUUUGUAAAUGCAGACUUUGGAAUUGACAAAGCUGAUUGCUAUCUGCUUAAAAGAAAUCGUUUUGAAUUUUGUCACCAAAUGCUGGAUGGCGUGUGCUUUGUGUUAUUUACAAUCCCGUUCCUGAAUCCCGUUAAGUCCCGAAAUUUUUUUCGGAUUAAUUUGAAAUUGCUUAAAAUGCAAUUACCACUGCAACGAUCAUAUCUUCAUUUAAAUUUGUGAUUUUUGUUCGUCAUGACAGUGUGAUUUGAUCAUUAACAAAUAAUUAACUUUUUUUAUCAUAAUUGCAAAUAUGCACAAAAGGUACCUAAAACCCACCGUGGCACAGUCCCUUUACACUGCAAGGAUUAGAUUUAACAAUUAAACAUCAUUUUAACAUGAUGUCUUUGGAUUCCUUUUUCUAGGUUUUAGUCUUGAGUUUGUUGGCUCCAAGUUUAUAUCAGCGGCGGAUAUGGCAGUUGAUGACGUCUCAUUCCCAGGUUGUGCUCUGCCACCCAUUAGAUCGUGUGCUUCAGGAGAGUACCGCUGCACAAGGGGCUCUUGUGUGAAACCUAAUCAGGUGCCUCCUAAUUUUUUUUUUCGUGCACGUGUCCAGGUUGACUAAGGAAUGCCAAUAGUUAAUCGCUCUCUCCUCUUUUCAAGUCCAAUCUAAGAGUAAUGGAUAACUCUUGCUUUAAUAUCAUAAUAGAGAAACACAUUCUUCUCCCCCCAAAAAUGUCAAUUUUGCCUCCUGUAAGUAGCGAUCUGGAAAUUUUCAGGUCCUGGGGCCCGUUUCUCAAAAGCCCGGUAAGUUUUGAGCCUGAACUGAAAUAUUCAAAUCGCAAUGUAAUAAGAGCGCGGGUCCUGGCUAGCAAACUACUCCAUUUUCUUCCAUUAACUAAUAGUUGUAUCAUGUUAGAUGCAAAACUAUUGAAACCUCGAUCUUAAAUGUAAACGGAGACAGCUUACCGGGCCCGUUAAUUAUCGGGACUUUCGAGAAAAGGGCCCCUGGCCUUUUAUUGCUGCAUGUUUCGUGUCUUUUCCAACAAAGGACAAUAAUGAUAAUUUAGGUUAUUUGUUUCCUGGCGUAUAUUACCAGAUUUUACCGUUGGAGCACAGAAUUUUAAAUAAGACGAUCGUUAUCAAUGUACUUUUGUCUGGAUUUUACACGCGAUCUUCUACGCGCGGGAAAAGCAUGUAGCGACAUGUGUUAAAUAGAAGAAAAUUUGACUUGAAGGUAUGCGACUUUUCUGACGACUGUGGUGAUGAGAGUGACGAGCUCCCAGCUACUUGUGCCACUUACAAAGAAAGAUGUGACUUUGAAAGAGGGCUGUGUAGCUGGACACAAGACACUGACGAUAUUUUUGACUGGACAAGAGACAGUGGUGGCACUUCAUCUUGGCUGACUGGUCCAGGAAGAGACCAUACUACUGGUCAGUGUGCAUUUGGAUUAAUACACCUGUUUAGCUUGUAUGUUUUGUUUUCCCAAUAGAGGUCUCAGGGGAACUUCACCUUUUGUCUUUUCAUAAUUCAUGCGUACAUUGGCAAGUGAAUAAGACGAAAUUUGAAAGAAAGACUUCUCUAGUGUAUUAUCACAUGACCUGUUUUGGGAAAACAAAACAUACAAGCCAAAGAGGUUUAUUGUUGUGGUAAGAAAUGUUUAGUCUAAGGGGUUGUUUACAUGGAGAUGGAGAGAGGGAGAUCCUAGCACCAAGAAGAUCCUACAAGGGUGAGCAACUUUUGGUUGGGUUUACGUGCAGAAAUUUCCGCCCAUGUGGUGCCCGUGUGGUACUAACGCCAAACUAAACAGUUGGCCUUAAUUGCCGUGAUUAGCCACCGAACGACCCGCCGCUAUUUUUGUCUGUAUUGUCCCUUGUACUCACUGCUUGUAGUCCAAAGUGUCGCUAGACUACCAUCUUCCUAGCGAAGGCAGUUAAGUUUACAUGGUGCUAGGAUCUCGGCUAAGUAGAUCCUAGUACUAUUAAGAUUCUAGCGCUGGGGACAGAUAGAACCCUUUGCAUUUUAACAUAUCAAAUAACACAUGGCGCUAGGAUGAUCCGCCUACUAGGGUCGUCUUGCUGCGAAGAUCUUUCUUCCUCCGUGUAAACAACCCCUAAAUGUACCCAUACAAAUAAUUAUUAGAGGAGUUGUUCCUGUGGCCUCAUAACACCAUGUUGCAGAAUGUUGCAAAGUUUUGCAGCGGUGGUGCUGAUGUUGAUGGUGAUUAUGAUGAUGAUGACGAGGAUAAUAGGGAGCAAGCAAAGACGAGAACGGCAAAAGGACAAUAGGUUUAGAUUGGCAAAACAACAACUUUGCGCGUUCAGCAAGCUUUAUUGCAUAUUUCUUUGCCGACACCGCACGACCACGACGUGAACAUGCCAAAUUUCACGUUUUGUGGAGGACGUGAUCACAAGACAACGACUUUCGUUUUCUUUUCCUGAACUUCGAAACAGUCUUUUAGAAUUCAAUUCCAAAACAUGGCCAACAUUUGACGAUUUGAUCGAGAUGUAAUAGGCGCGAUAAAGUUUGAAGCAGCGCGAAUUCCCUUUUAAAGUGACGUUUUCGUAGCCGUCGCCGUCGUCGUUGCCUAAGCUCCCUAAUGACGAUGACACUAACAAUAACCACCUAUAAAUUACCGAAUCCACCGUUGUGUUGCUCGCUGUAUUUAAUUCUCUCAUAUUUGGCGAUGUUGCAUCUUGGCUAAUAUAAAGUUGAAGCUGUUAUAUUUUUCUUGUAAUCAUUUUCUUUUUCUCUUUAGUAAAAGUUUCUACUGUACGUUUUACUUGUUAGGAACAACGAAGGGCUACUAUCUCUAUAUUGAAACUUCAUCCCCACGGAAACAUAACGAAACCGCACGUUUGAGCAGUAUAACUUUCCGAUCCUCUGGACAAAAUGGCAGCUGCUACAUGCGCUUUUGGUACCACAUGUUUGGCAAGGAUGUAGAUACACUAAGCAUAAAACUUAGGACUUCUGUUAUAGGACCGCUGAGGACUAUCUGGAACAAGACAGGUAAUAUAGUACAAAUGUUAACACCGGCCAAUCAAUAUUUCAACGUUUCAACUCCGUCGACCUCUGUUUUAUUAAUGUUUAGGUACGUGGUGUGGCUUUAUGCCGUGAAACCAAGAUCCAGCACGAGAGCAUCGUGAAAUGAGGAUGAUUUUCGCGCUAGGAACCUUUCAGCCGAAAGGCCUUAACAUUAAUUUCAGGGAAAUUCAUUUGAAGUGUGACAUUCGUCUUGUCUAAUGACAACUGCGUAGUGCAACGGUGUUCUGGCGUUAUACACCCGAAACGUCAGUAUCUUCAAAGAAAUUUAUGACACUUUUGUUAUUUGUUAUCAUCCUUAUAGCUAUCUAGCUGUAAGUGUCACAUAUCCCUAACUGAUUUUCUGUUCACCACACAUUUACCGACAGAUCACAAUGUCUUCUUUUUGCUUUAGGUCAACAGGGAGACUUCUGGAGGCGAGCCGAGAUACGUCUAAAUAGUACCGUAAACUAUCAAGUGGUCAUUGAAGGCAUGAGUGGCCCCGGUUACCAGGGAGAUAUUGCCAUAGAUGAUGUGUCUUUUACGCCAAGCUGCCGGCCUGACAGUACUGCAACAAUCUCUCCUAUUGUCCCCACUGGUACAGCACCCCCAGGCUGCAAAGCUGGCCAGUUUAGGUAUGAGGAUAUAAAUCUACAUCGCAAUAAGCUGGCCACAAUGCUCUGUGCGUUGUGAUUUUGUGGACAGUUACCUCCAGAUAGAGCUGGCCAGUUUAUCCCUAAAGUGGAAUCAUAUGUAAUCCAUCGUUCAUUGGUGAUUGAAUAAUGAUCCAGUCGUCCAACUCAUAUAGUGCACUUUAGAAACAGACUUAGGGUUAAUCUUGUCUUCACGUUAAAUAUGUUGUCACGCAGCGGUUGUGUCUUUUUCACCGAAUUUUAACCUUUUUACUGCAGUUGAGUCUGAGUUGGCUUUCAUUUGUUUGUCAGGUGUACAAAUGGAAAUGGAAAAUGCAUCGAUGUCAACAAAGUGUGUAAUUUCCGUUCUGACUGUACUGAUAACUCAGACGAGGCCACUUGUCCAACGAAAUGUGACUUCCAAACUGAUUACUGUAAGUGGAAAAACGCUCAAGUUGGGGACAGAUAUGACUGGAUCCGAAAUAAGGGUAAAACACCAUCCAAGUUUACCGGUCCGUCGGCUGAUCACACGUACAAUAGCUCGGCAGGUGAGUGGUAAUGGAUAGCACCGUUCUCAAAUAUGAUCCUUCAUUUUCUUACCAGUGUUACCUUGAAGAAUGGCAUUGACUAAAUCUCAACUCAAACAGAAACGUUUGUUUUGAAAAAUUCAUCUCGCAAAAGGACGGACAAAGGUGUUUCCUUGCCACCUUUGUGUGGUCCAGCGAUGCCUUUCUUAUAUAUCUCGGUAUGAAAAAUGUACAUGAAAUAAAUCGUAUAAGAACUGCGGAAUGUCGUGUUCCAAAAAAACCCCCACUUAUCGGUGUUUAUGUGAUGCUCUUUCAGGUUAUUAUGUGUAUACUGAGGUUUCUAAUCGCACCGGCUUCUACGCGGAUGCCCACUUGAUCAGUCCAUUUUUUAGACAAGCUGGAAAAACAUGCAAGUUCAAGUUCUGGUAUCACAUGUGGGGUCCAAACAUCGGUUACCUCCAAAUUUACUACCGCAGAAAUUCACGCGACAAACGGCUGUUAAGCAUUUUUGGUAACAAAGGAAACAAAUGGAUCCAGGGACAAGUGGAUGUUCCAAAGUGUGCUAAUGAUUUCCAGGUCGGCAAGUUCUUCUUUUUAAUAGGAUGUUAAAUGGCUUUAAACUUUCUUCUCCAGAGGUGGCCAUCGCCAAAAGUCAACCAAAUUACAAAUUUCAUUUUGGAAAAUGCUGCAAAACAAAAUAAUAGUACAUUCUACUGAAGUGAGUUUAUUUGAAUGGUGUCACCACAGGAUUUCGUCCACAGACACAAACGUUUGUACCGCCUUACUAGACUCCAUCAGUCAGUCUGGGUAUGAAUGUAUUACGCUAACAAAACUUAGCUACGCGUUUUUAGCGUAUCAAGAAAUGGUCUAUUGUACCUGGUCCAAUUCGCCAAAACAAUAGCCUUUUGUCCUAGGUGAUGCUGCCGAAAAAAGACCGAACAGUCUGUGCGUGGUCGUUUAAUCUUUGUAAUACUAGGGGGGAGGAAAGAGGUUUUUUUUUUUGCCUUGACGCGAUGCUUUUGAUUGGAUCGUGCUUUUAUACUGAGCGCUCUGAACAAGAAAAUGUGAUUUCAGAAAUACUUUACAGAGAACGUUCUUAAACCGUUGUUAAACAAGCUUAUUAUUUCGCGCGCGUCCUACAUUCAAAGGAGCGAUCUUUGAAUGUAAUCCAUACCUUUUUCUAAGAUUAAACGACUUUCGUUCUUAUUCUCACCCAAGCGGCCCAGAAUACAAUACCUAUUGUCUUCGAAAUGGACCCGCUUUUCUUGAUACGAGGGAGAGCAGAAAAACCGUAGAACUCAAAUAAAGAGGCUUCACCCACUUAUGUGUUUGUCCUAAUGCCUUUUUUUUGUGUGUGUCCACUUCACAGAUCGUAGUUAUGGCUAAACAUUACUCAAGUGGAGCACUCGGUGACAUUGCUGUUGAUGAUCUGAGUUUUGAAAGCUGUGCACAGCCUUUCCCCCCUAGCAGCUGCAGUGGCGCCAGUGUAUUCCGCUGUGAUAGUGGACACUGUGUUGAUCAGUCAGUGAAGUGUGAUUUCGAAAAAGAUUGCUGCGACGGUUCAGAUGAGAAGAACUCGACUUGUGCUGGUUACAACAGGUAGUUAGGUUGACGUGUUACACAUGCGCGGCCGUCUGGCUUAUUACUCAAUGACUAUGCUCAGUGAGGUCUCAUUUCUUUGGGUAUUUAGAACCAAAGUCGCCAAUCAAUUAUUUUGAAAAGCAAAUCACCGUCUUCUGUGCUGUCUGUUGAGUGCUACUUGAUAAGACUUUUUCGAAUCAAAUUCAUGAGAAGUUUGUUUCCCACCUUGGGCAACUGUACGUCCAAUGGUUGUUGGAUUGUGCUGCCCUUAAUCAUAUCUUGGAGUCUGCUUUGUUGUCUCAGAAUUUCCUAAGAUACUCUAUUUCUUGCAGAUGCAAUUUCGAAACAGGUCUCUGUGACUUGACACAACUAGCAAACGAUACUUUCAACUGGAGAAGACAAGCAGGAAGAACAGGUUCAUAUGGAACAGGUCCUUCAUUUGACCACACCACUGAGUCGUCAAAUG